UCUCACCCUCUUCCUUCCCAAUUCCCAUCCCCCCCCUUCUCUCUCUCUCUCUCUCUCUUCAAUGGCCACCACCUCCAUCCAAUCCCUCCACCACCCACUCCAUCGCCACAACCACUCAACACUCCCACCUCCAGACUCUCUUUCCUCCUCCCUCUUCCUAAAACCACCCACCCCACAUACCCCAUCUCUCCCUCUCCUCUCCCUCUCUCUCUCCUCCCCCUUUUCUCUCUCCUCCUCUUCCCUCACCACAAACCCUUCCUCCACCGCCUCCAUCUCCUUCGAUCUCCUCCAACACCACCUCUCCUCCCAAAACUUCCGCCUCGCCGACGAAGAGACCCGCCGCCUCCUCAUCUCCCUUGCUGGAGACCCUGCCGUCAAGCGCGGCUACGUUUUCUUUUCCGAAGUCCAGUUCAUAUCCGAAGCCGACCUCAAGACGAUUGACGCUCUCUGGCGCCAAUGCAGCGGCGACAAGUUCGGGUACAGCGUCCAGAAGCGGAUUUGGGAGAAAAAGGCCCAAAGGGACUUCACCAAGUUCUUCUUUAAGGUCGGAUGGAUGAAGAAGCUCGAUACUGAGGUUGAGCAAUUCAAUUACAGGUCUUUCCCUGACGAAUUCAUUUGGGAGCUCAAGGACGAUACGCCCGAGGGGCACCUGCCACUGACCAACGCCCUCCGUGGGACCCAGCUGUUGAGUAGCAUCCUUACUCACCCUGCAUUUGAAGGUGAUGAGGAGGAGGUGACGGUAGUGAUGGAGGGUGGAGAUGGGAGUGAGGAGGAACCGAGGCAGAGCACAGCAAAACCUCUGAGCCAGAGGAGCUUGAAACCUGACUAUAGCUUUUGAAGGUUUUGUUCCAGAUAGCCCCCCUUCACACCUAUACAAUGAAAAAAAAAAAAAAAAAAAGACGGGAGUUGGGUUUGAUGCAUUACAAAUGAUAAUUUGAAUUUUCCCUUGUGGGUUCUGUUUUUUGAGCGGGGAAAGGACAUGAAGACUCCCUUUGGGAAGAAAUGGGUAGUUUUUUAUUUUCUGGAGCUGAGAGCUUGUAGGCAAUGAAAGAAUACAUAUAUUAACUUGUGGAUAGAUUUUCAUUGCUGUAGUAUAGGUAUAUUUGUAUUUAAUUUGGGGACAAUUGCGAAGAAAUGGGUGUUUGAUUAUGCCUAAUAUUACGAGUUCUAAAGCUUUGUGGAUA